AUGAGCACUCCCGUCGCCUCUAGCAGCUCUUCGAGCGCGACGUACUACGCUAUGAAGGAGACUGCGAGUCUCUCAACGCCCCCUCAGCCCCGACCCUUCCAUUCGAGCGUUCUCAGCUUCGCAAGAUUGUUCGGCCGCCACUUGCUCAUGAUCAUACCCUACCUCCUGAUCCACAUACCGCACGGAUCCAUCAUCCUCAUGACCCUCGCCUUCGUCGCUUUCCACAUCGGUGUCAUCGUAUCUGCGAAUAAAGAAAUCGACUGGACAUCGUUCGCCGACGCCGACGCCGCUUUCGAAGAAAUCUCCAUCAAAGCCGAAUACGACGAGGCUGGCCGUUUCCUUGUCAAGGCGAUGUAUAGCGCGGGAAUCCCGUUCUCAUGA